GUUGUUUGCAUUUCUUGGUGUUUUCAUUCCAGAUCAGAUCUUAGCCUCUGCCUCUACAGUGAGGCAGUAACAUUGGAAAUUCAGGCAAUUCUUUUACACACGAUGAAUGCUGUGCUGUGGAGCACAUUCGCCAUCAUAUUUUGCAUGGAAGUCGUUAUUGGAUAUUUAGGAAAUGGACUAAUAGCACUAGUGAACUUUAUGGACUGGAUCAAGAGAAGAAAAAUCUGUGCAAUUGAUCAAAUACUCAGUGCUUUGGCGAUCUCCAGAAUUGGUGUGCUCUGCAUAGGGCUCCUAAGUGUGCUAAUACUUGUACUUGACUCUGCUUUCUUCAUGACUAUAAUCAGGUUUAGAGUGAUGAGCAUUACCUGGACAGUGACCAAUCAUUUUAGCCUUUGGCUGUCUACCUGCCUCAGCAUCUUCUAUUUUCUGAAGAUAGCCAAUUUUUCUAACCCUCUCUUUCUUUACCUCGCAUGGAGAAUUAAAAAAGUGGCAUCAGGGACUCUGCUGGUGUCUCUGUUCUUCUUGUUUUUAAAUGUUACACUGGUGAGCAAAUACAUUGAUGCCUGGAAUGACGCAUUAAAAAAAAAUAUGUCUUACAGUUCCAGGAUAAGGAACUCUGUACAAAUUUUCAAACCUCUUGCAUUCAUGAAUUGUGUGUUCGCUUUUAUACCCUUUUCUGUGUCCCUGACAAAUUUUUUCCUGCUCAUCUUCUCCAUGUGGAAACACCUUAAGAAACUGCAGCGCAAUAUGAAAGGAUACAGGGAUGUCAGCACCACAGCUCAUAUAAAAGCCUUGCAAAUUGGGUUUGCCUCUAUCCUGCUGUACACUCUUAUUUUUCUGUCUCUUAUCAUAGAAGUCAUAUGCUUAGAAUUCCUGGAUGAAACUCUUAUCCUUUUGUAUGACCAGGCGAGCGGAAUUUCUUUUCCUUCGAGUCCCUCUUUCGUCCUGAUUCUGGGAAACAGGAAGCUGAGACAGGCCUCUCUUUCAGUAUUGAGGCGGCUAAGGUGCAGGGCCAAAGGUGUGGAAUACUCAGAUCCAUAGAUCAUUAAUAUCAACUUUUGAAUUCUAGAAGAAAAUGAGUGC